GUUUAUUUCAGGCACGAUGACACGCCUCGGAUUUAACUUCUCACUGCAUGUUCUAUGCAGAACUUUCCUGACUUUGUUAUUUCUGGUCUUGGUAAGGCCUGCUAUGAAUCUGUUUUCUGAUCAGGGUGAAAGCUGAAACAACAUUUAUAUGCCAAGGAGUUGUUUUACCUUCGACUCAUCAGCGUUGAGGUGAUUUCAGAAGAAAACAUCUGUGAUCCUUCAUUAAUACCAUCAAGAUGUGAUUUGUAUCUGAAGAUCUGCAUUGCAAGCAGCACAGCACGGUAUCGUUGACGUUUUUCUGACUAAUUAGCUGGUUGGCUUCAGACAUGAAUGUGAUAUUUUGUAUGCGACAACUCCAAGAACCGCGUUCGUUAAUCAGAAUUACAUAGGGUUUGGGAGCAAAGUGGGAAGUCUUUCAAACCCAAUCGUCACCAUACUUCCUGAAUUUCCGGUUAGUUCUUGUAAACUUACCGUUUACUAUAGAUCGUAUUUUCAGAAUGCGCUUAAUUUGACGGUGGAUGUUUUUGAUGCGGAUCCCGCCUGGAUAGCUCCGGAUCAGCAUAUUGCAACCUUGAAGCAUGAGGUCUUUUCUCCCACAACACGUAUUUCGGAAGUUGUUUUGGAUAAAUUAAACGUAUCCGUUGCCAAUCUGCUCGAUCCACGACCAAUCACCAUGACAAGGAAUAUUCGUGGGGGACACAUCCGACUACGUUUGGCCAUGUGGAUACAGUGUCCCGACAAUUCCUAUGGGCCACGAUGCCAAAACCGGUGCCUUCCUGAACAUUCAAGGAAUGGAAGGCAUUAUGGUUGUGUACUUUCAGAUGGUUCUCGCGUAUGCAUGCCAGGAUGGUACGGCCCUCAGUGCGAUGAGGUGGACAUAUGUGAUACGAGAAGACCUUGUGGACCGACAGGCAUUUGUAAGAAAGUGGAUGACGGCUUUCAGUGUAUAUGCACAAAAGAGUUCACUGACCCGAUUUGCACCCAACCCAGAAGUCCGUGCCAGUCAUACGGAUCACUGUCCGGAGGAACACCUACGGAUCCAUACUGUAUGAAUAGUGGGCUUUGCGUACUUGACGAACAGCGGGCACGACGUUGCAUUUGCAUGCCUGGGUUUACCGGAACAAGAUGUGAACAUGAUGUGGAUGAAUGCUCACACUGGUAUUCGAUUCAACAUUCACGGGAAGUAACCGAGGUCCCUGAAAAGAUCGCUGAAGUAAUCAAAUGUUACACACCCGGACAUGUAGCCAGUCCUUGUUGUGGAGAAGAGUCUGUGUGUGUUAAUAAAUUCGGUGGCUAUACAUGUCUGUGUCCCAUCGGUUGGACGGGGCUUCACUGUGAAUACCCACCCACCCUAUGGCCUCCUGGUUUCCAGCCUCAGGUCAACGAAUCCGUGGGCUAUGGCAAUGUGGAUUUCGGACUAUGGAGCGUAAAAGCCCCAACAACAGAAAACGUUAAAAUUUACCGGUUACUGGUGGAUUGUGGCAUUCGGUGUUCUGUUUCUGAUCCUAUUCUUGACGCUAAUUGGAGUCGUCAUCUGCUGUGUGUUUCACUGGCGCCGUCGCAGCAAACCGGAGAUGUUACCCAUGCGACCGACGACGCUUCAAGUACCGGUUACUGGUGGAUUGUGGCAUUCGGUGUUCUGUUUCUGAUCCUAUUCUUGACGCUAAUUGGAGUCGUCAUCUGCUGUGUGUUUCACUGGCGCCGUCGCAUCAAACCGGAGAUGUUACCCAUGCGACCGCUUCCGGAACCCUACCACCAUCAACCGAAGAGGUAUAGCAGACCAAACAAUAUGGAUUCCUGUAAAGGAAGUGUUUCAAACGCUCUUUACACCAUCCAACCCGGUCCAACAUCAUUUCCAUUGUUAUAUCCAACGCUUCCGAAAGAGGCUGACUGGGAUACAAUACCAAAAAGUCCUGCUGGUUGCUCAAUACAAGAUACAAUGUACGAAGCACUUUCAGACCGGCAUUCUGAAUACGACUCCCUUGUGUUGCCCGGUGAAGAUGAGUAUGAAAAAACAGAGGAAACGCCAAAAAGUAUGGAUUCCGAAGCCCAAAACAUCAACGAAAGUGAAAAAUUGAUGAUCCCUACGUAAACCAAAUAGAUGACGCCAAGUUUAGAGCUCAAGUCGCUAUCCGGUCCCUUAUGUAAAUCAUUCCAUCCGAAGACGAAGCUCCUCAUUAAAUGUGACGAAUCAGUCUGGAUAUGUCGGGAUAUGUUAGGUUUUAGUGUCAUUUGCCUUGAUUUUAGUUCACUUCUCAUUGCUGAUACUUUUGCUUCUUCUUGGACAAAUCAAAGCCUUUUUGAAUAUGAUUUUUUCAAAUGUAUACAUAUUUUUCAAAUGCAUACAAGAAGUAUCAAGUAUUGCC